AUGGAAGUAGUUCAAGUACUUCACAUGAAUGGAGGAGUUGGAGAUUUUAGCUAUUCUAACAACUCCCUACUUCAGUCGAAAGUGAUAUCGAUGAUGAGGCCGAUUGUAGAGGAGGCCAUAAACAACUUAUAUUGCUCCAGUUUUCUGACUACUUUCACCAUAGCUGAUUUGGGAUGUUCUUGUGGACCAAACACUUUGAUGGUAGUUUCUCAAGUCAUUAAAGCAGUGGAAAAUGUUCGUGGGAAGCUCAACAAGAAACCAAUUGAGCAUCAAGUACUGUUAAAUGACUUACCUGGAAAUGAUUUCAAUACCAUCUUCAAAUCAUUGCCUAAAUUCCUUGAAAAUUUGAAAUUGGAGAUUGGAGGUUAUGUUGGGCCUUGUCUCUUUAAUGGGGUGCCUGGUUCUUUUUAUGGGAGUCUUUUCCCAACAAAAAGUGUGCAUUUUAUUCAUUCUUCCUAUAGUCUUCAUUGGAUGAUGGAUGUUCCUGAAGGUUUGGAGGAGAAUAAAAGAAACAUUUACAUGGCUGAUGCAAGCCCAAAGAGUGUAUUAAAGGCCUAUUACAACCAAUUCCAAAAGGACUUUUCAUUAUUUCUCAAGUGUCGUGCAGAAGAAUUGGUGGAUGGCGGUUGUAUGAUUUUGACACUGCUGGGAAGGAGCAGCCAAAACCCAGCCAGCAAAGAGUGUUCUUACAUUUGGGAGCUUUUGGCUCUAGCGCUUAACGACCUGGUUGCCCAGGGAAUGAUAAAAAAGGAGAAAUUGGAGAGUUUCCACAUAACCAAAUAUAUGCCUUCACCAACAGAAAUAAAGAUUGAGGUUGCAAAAGAAGGAUCCUUUGUGAUUGAUAGCAUUAAAGUUUCACAAGUGGAUUGGAAUGUUUCCAAUAAUAAUCAAUUCAACAAAGGAAUAUCAGAUGUAAGUUCAAAGGGGAGUGGAUACAAUGUGGCAAAGUACAUGAGGGCAGUGAUUGAACCAAUUCUUAUUAGUCAUUUUGGAGAAGAAGUUAUGGAUGAAUUGUUCAUCAGAUACAGAGAGAUCAUUGCAGAACGUAUGGCCGAAGAGAGAACUCAAUUUUUCAAUGUCACGGUUUCCCUUACUAAACCAAAGUGA